CGUUAACGUUAAAAUAUUCUCCUUCUCAGAAGAUUUCAUACAGAUAACACGUGAUAUCGAAUUCGCAAAAUCAUUGACGUGUACCACAUUCGUUAUAUUUAUCAAGAUAUCUUUGAUACACAACAUAUGAGAUAUAAGGGGCAAGUAAUACCUGAGCAGAGAUAGUGUUAUGCUAGACCGUGAUACGUGCGGGAAGAAAAUCAAAGUGCGAUCAAAUACAGACAAUUACCACAAUGAGAUUGUGGAUAUUAUUGACUGCAUUCUUGUUAGUCGCAAUACUCGUUGCGGAAACUUCUGCAAAAAAAUUGAGUAAGGAUGUGGAAUCAAGAAACGAUGGUGAAAAAGAGAGGAAGGUCGAUGUAGAAUAUCGUACAAAAGAUAAACAGUCCAAGAAAAGAGAUAAACAUGUGAAAGAGCAGAAGAAAAGGAAAAAUAGCUCAGAACGAAACAACGAAGACUCUUCCGAAAAACAUUUACAUGAGAAAAAUUCUUAUAAGCCAGAACAGAAAUGGAAAAACAAGCGGACCAAACGUCAAGAAAAUGGUGAAGUGAUAAAUGAAGAAGGAAAUAGAAAUAUCGAAAAGAAAUUAAAAUACUUGAAAGAUAAAACAGGAACGCAAAAUAAGAAAGACAAAAAUGCUAAAGAGCGAUCGAAAGAACCCGAAACAUUACUUGAAGAUCCUCAAAGAUCUGAAAUCCAUCAAAAAUCGAAGAAAAGCUUAAAAGAGGAGAAACAUAAGAAGAAAUCGAAAAAUAAUGAGGAAGUAGAAAAUAUAGAAGAAAAUCCAAAUAAUGAUGUUUCAAGAAGGAAAACAAAGCACUCCAAAUCAGAUAAUUCUGAACAAGUUAACGAUGCUGUUCACAAAAACGAAAGGAAGACAAAACACGAUAAGAAAAAGAGAAAGGUAGAAGUAUCUAAGAACACAGAAUCUAAAGGAAAAAAGGAAGAAGUCGAAGCUGAUGUAACAUCUACAGAUUCCGAGCAAGAAAAAAUUCUGAGCAAGACAAAGGAUAAACAGGAAGUUCAGGAAACAUCGACGAGAAGCAAGAAAAAUAGAAAGAAGCGUGAAGUAGUGCAAGAAGAAGAGGAAGCUGAUGUAAUAUCUGCAGAUUCCGGGAAAGAAGAAACUGUCGAUAAAACAAAAAAAGAUAAAGCUCAGGAAACAUCAAAGGAGUGCAAGAAAAAUAAAAAAAAGCGUGAAAUAGUGCAAGAAGAAGAAGAAACUGAGGAAGAGCCAGUGAAAGAAAAUUUUAUUAUAGAGGAAGACAAUGUAAAUGAAAUUGAAACAAAUGAGAACGAAUAUAAAGAAAAUCUUUCAAUUCCAACUAACGAUGACAUAGAUCUCACGUAUCUGGAUACGCCUUCUGACUCAGAGAACUAA